GUCCCUUUAAGAGCUCUACACGCCCAGCAAUCGGCUGAUGCAUGACGUCAUCAUUCGUGAUCCUUUCAGUUUAAUAUUUGUUUCUUUUUUUAGUAAGCAGGCAGUUGGAUAUGAGAGAGCGCGUGCCGCGAGGUGAAAGUGGACCAACGAGAGGAUUAUUCCGCUGAAUUCCGCCAUUUUAUGACCAACUCAAAUCGCGGCUCGCGCGCUGGAGUUGUAGCUUAGCGACGGGGCGCGUGCGCGGGAGGUGUUUGUGUACAAAUGGCUAGCUAGCUUCUUGCUAAUUUACUUCCCUUUUUUUUAAAUUACUUCCUUAUUCGGGUGUUUCCAUACGCGCUACGGACAAAUCAGGAACAGAAUCUUAUGAAAGUGCCAGAGAGUGACGAGAUAUCUCGAUAAAGUUUUUAUAUGUAGUAAUGAUUAUUAAAUAUUAAUUGAAAUACAAAUUUACGUUAUUUUCGGUUGUCUGUAGGAAUGGAACUUGUAUGCGGGUGACGUAACGAGCCGCGCGCCACGGUCCGUAGCCAAUCAGCUUCUCGAGACUGUUUAUCCGCGUGCGCUCCGUUUUCAGCCAAUCAGCUUCCGGAGAAUCUGGGUCCACGCGCCCCAAGUUGCCUCCGUGGAGUGAAAGGUCCAGAAGAGCAAAGUGCAGAACUCUGAGAGAGAGAGAGAGAAAGGAGGAGAAGAAGAAGAAGAAGAAGAAAAACUGUCAGUAUUUCCGGUUUAUCUCGCGUUAUUUCGCGACCAUGACGAUUAAGUUCGGUUCCCCGUUCCUGUAAGAGUGUGUGUGUGUGGUGUGUGUGUGUUAUGGGAACGCUGAGGAACGGCUGGACCAAGAGAGAGAGCUUCAUUCUCUCUGUGGACGUGGGAACGACCUCUGUGAGGUGCCAUGUUUAUGAUAAACACGCCAACAUCCGGGGAUCCUGCAGCCGAAAGGUGUCUCUGCUGUAUCCGGAGCGUGGCUGGGUGGAGAUGGACCCGGAGGAUCUGUGGCAGAGCUUCAUCAGUGUGGUGAAGGGAGCAGUGCACGACUCAGGUUUACAGAUGAGUCAGAUGGAGGCGUUGGGUAUCUCAACUCAGAGAGCCACCUUCACCACCUGGCACAGGAAGACGGGGAAACCGUUUCAUAACCUGAUCGGCUGGCAGGACCUGCGAGCGGCCGAGAUGGUCAAGUCCUGGAACAACUCGUGCACCAUGAAGGCGGUGCACGGUGUGAUGAAGAUGCUGCACUUCCUCAGCAGACGGAAGCGUUUCCUGGCGGCGAGUUUGGUGGUCUUCACGCCGCAGCACGUCUCCAUGCGUCUGGCCUGGGCUUUACAGCACAUCCCUCAGCUGAAGCAGGCGGUUGAUGAAGGAACUUGUUGUUUUGGGACCAUCGACACGUGGCUGCUUUAUAAACUCACUAAAGGUUUGGUUCACGCUACAGAUUAUUCCAACGCCAGCUCAACUGCCAUCUUCGAUUCCUAUCAGAUGUGUUGGAGCGGGUUUCUGUGUUCUCUCCUCUCUCUACCUCUCUCCAUCCUCCCCACGGUGCACAACACGAGUCACCAUUUUGGCUCCUCUGAUCCCGACAUCUUCGGGGUUUCUAUUCCAAUCAUGUCAGUUAUGGCGGAUCAGCAGGCGGCCAUGUUUGGCGAGUGCUGCUUUGAUGCUGGUGAUGUAAAGAUUACCAUGGGAACAGGAACCUUUAUGGACAUCAACACAGGGAACAAACCACACACGUCUGUAGCAGGUCUGUAUCCCCUGGUGGGCUGGAAGAUCGGCUCUGACGUCGUGUAUCUCGCUGAAGGAAACGCUGCAGAUACAGGAACCGCCAUCAGAUGGGCUCAGGAGAUCGAGCUGUUUACAGAUGUAAAGGAAACCUCAGCCAUGGCCAGCAGUGUGAGCGACUCGGACGGAGUGUUCUUCGUUCCUUCGUUCAGCGGCUUGCAGGCGCCGUUAAAUGACCCUAAAGCGUGUGCAGCGUUCAUGGGUCUGAAACCAUCCACCACUAAGAGUCACCUCGUCCGCGCCAUUUUAGAGUCCAUCGCUUUCAGGAAUAAGCAGCUGUUUGAUCUGAUGCGUCGGGAAACUCGAAUCCCCAUCACUAAAAUCAGGGCAGACGGCGGUGUGUGUAUGAACGACUUCAUCAUGCAGUUAAGCGCAGACCUGCUGGGGCGUAAAAUCUCACGGCCCACGCAUUUCGACAUGUCGUGUCUCGGGGCGGCGUUCGUGGCCGGGUUAGGAGUCGGUUACUGGAAGAGUAAAGAGGAGCUGAAGAAACUGCAGAUGACGGAGCGUCUCUUCCUUCCUCAGAGCGUUAAAGGAGACGCAGGAGGAGGUGAUGGAGGAGGAGGUGAUGGAGGAGGAGGAGGAGGUGAUGGAGGAGGAGGUGGAGGAGGAGGAGGAGGAGGAGGUGGUGUGUAUAAACCAGUCCUGCAGAGCUGGGAGCAGGCCCUGCAGCGCUCCAUGCACUGGUACAGCCACACGUCAUAAAACACACACACACACACACACACACACACACACACACACUCGGCUCCAGAAGAUCAGAGUCCAGCGGUGUUGUUCACUCUUCCAAGAUCUCGUUUCAUCUGUUCACAACCUGCCACGAUGAUGAUGAUGAUGAUGAUGAAGAUGAUGAUGAUGAUGAUGAAGAGCCACGUUUUACACUGAUGUGCCUUAAACGUAACGCACCUCUGACUUCCCCUUUAUUUCCACGUUAGACUUUAAUUCAUUUUGUCUAUUUACGGAGCGUCGUUCCGCCAUGUUUUACUCUGAUACGCUUUAAUUUCAUUCCCAAUAAAGGUUAAAAAAAAAAAAUAGUGGAAACAAAUUCAGCGAUUAAAAAAAUAGAUUUAAGGAAAAACAAAACGCAAGUGAGAUUUUAAAAGAUGAGAAAUCGAGGCGUAAAAUAUCACCAAAUUCUCGCUCGUAUCUUAUCGUCAUUCAUCCACAGAGAAUUUAUUAAAAUAGAAAGACGAUGAUGAACCGUGUAGAUUUAAAAGUUGUUAAAAAUUUAAAAAAUUGUUCUUAUUAGCGACAAAAUUAUCCAGACCUGAAAUAUUUAAUAAGGAGGAAGGAAUAAAAAUGCGCAAAAAAUUAGAUAAAACUCACACUGGGCCUCAUUUAUCCAUCCUUCAGUAAAGUUGUGUGUAAAUGUUGGUGUAAAGCAAACUGACGGAUUUAUAAAAGUUUCAGGAAUGUGGAUUUUCUUCGUACUCGCGUGCGUAUGUUCAUCACGCUUAUAAAGUGCGAAGCGUGUUCCUUAUGCAGCUCAUUUGCAUUUAGCGACGCCUACAAAACUCCAUAAAAGGUAAAGUGCUAGGAGCAGGAAAUGAGCGAUCAGGGUAAAGACUGAAAGAAGUGGAAGUUAUUUUGAUUCACUUCUAUGCCAAUAAAAAUAUUCAAUAAUAAUAAUAAUAAUAAUAAUAAUAAUAAUAAUAAUAAGUGAGCGCUAAAUCAGCUGAGGCGUUUGUUUACGGCUUACGGCUCUGCGCAGACAGACAGAGCGGCCCGUCCUCCGUUUAUUCACCGCCAUUUCUUUAUCGUAACUGAAUGAUUCGUUUUAUUCGUCUUAAUUUAUGGGUUUGUGUCGGCUCGCUUUCUUUAUUUAAUUAAAGGCAAUAAAAUAAAGAGGCUGGUUUUGAGCAAAUGUUGUGGACGGAGCUCUGAGUCCCUGAGCGAGUGAACUAGCAUGAGGACGUGUUUCUGAUCGAGACUCUAAAGCUCUUCUAUCAGUCGCUCUGGAUAAAAGCGUCUGCUAAACGCUGCAAACGUCAUAAACACAAACAGUUUAAACUCCACAGAAUAUUCCAGAGAGAAAAGUGCAGGAAUCCCUGCAGAUUAUAGGAUCUGAAGUCCAUCAGAAGUCGAGGUUUACAUCAGUUAGUCUCCUUAUGAGUAAAUUUACACUCACUCAGGAGCACGAGCAGGAUACGAACGUUCUUCUGUAAUUACAGGAGUUUCAUGAAUAACAGAUUCUUGUGUAAACGCUCGUACGAACAAUUUACGAUUUAUGAAUAAAUCUGUUCGUAUCCAGCUCGAUCAGUGAGGCCCAAUAAAGUAAUUCAUUAAUAUUCUUUGGAAUUAAUUCAUUUUUUUAUCAACAGAAUAUAUUUUUUUUAGGAAUAUAUUUUUAUUCCACUUUGUAUCUUAAAGGUCAUGUUUGAUUUAAAAAAAAAAAAAAAGCCUCAUCUUUUAUUAAACCUGCAGUUUUUAAAUUUAAUCAUUUUUUUAUUUAUCAAAAUAAAAUAGUCACUACAUUUUACUCAAAUCUAUUUCUGUCCUUUUUUUAAAUCAUUUUUUUAAUCCGUAUGCAUGAAGGUGAUAUUUUCUAGUCAAAAGAUGAUGCGGUUUAGAAAGACGAUUAAUCGCCACACGGAGAGACAAUAAAUUAAAUGUUUUAUUUUUUUCUGUUAGAAUAUAUAUAUUUCUGUGAAUUUAUAAUCUGAUCUGAUUUAUGAUCGUAUCGUGCCUUACUUACUGCCGUGUUCCGACACUAAAAUCUCUCAAGCUGCAUUAAUUUACUCGUUUAUUCAAACCUGAGAAUUUUUAUCGUUCCUGUACAAAUGAUCUAUAUUUUUAUACGAAAAUAUUCAAUCUGAAAUAAACAUCUUUUAUAGACAGAAACAUUCACAUCAUCAGGAGCUAAUAUUUCUGAGCCUCUUUAUUACGAUUUAUUAUCAUUUAUUUUUUAUUAUUAUUAAAACACAGUUCGCUUUAAACGUUGCUGUUUUAAAGAGAGAAGUGAUUAUCGUAGUGUAUCGUAGCUACAAAACCCGAGCAGACGCUGCCUGUAAAGUCGUAUGUCGGCGUGUAGGAAUGAAAUAAGCCCCGCCCACUUGCGUCGAAAGGUCAAUCUCCAGAUUUUGUUUAAAGAAAGAAAAGAUCAAAAUAAGACGUAAUAUGGUUUAAUACGUUUUUUUUCCCUCCAUUUUAAUGAAAUUCGCUUUGCAAAAAUAUCUCGAAACGAUGAUGAUGACGAGCAAAAUGGCGUCAUCGUGUUCAUUUUUAUUCCUACUUCAUCCUCCAGUUUUGUUUUUGUUCCUGACAACUAAUCGCUAACUAACUAACUAACUAACUGACUAACUGACUAACUGACUUAGUCUUAAAACGCAGAGGAACUUCAGUCACUGUUUUUUGUUUUGUUUUUUUCUCGCCUUAAAAACUAAAUAAAUGUAAAAAUCAGUAUAAAAACCAACCGUCACGCGUUUCUCGUCUCUUUCGAAGAGACAAAGUGCAAAAGAUAAAGUGCCUUUAGUGAAGUUUUUAUGUUUAAAAUAAAAUGGUUUAAAAACGAGAUUUCGCUGUUUUUUUUUUUUUUACGUACAGAAUUUCAGAAAAAUAUUUUGAGAGCAAGUUCUGAAUCUGGUUUAAAUGUGAAAUAAGAACUGUUCAAUAAUAUAAUAAUAAUAAUAAUAAUAAUAAUAAUAAUAAUAAUAAAUAACUACAGUGUUAGGAGUAAUUUUUGAUUCAGCGUUUACAUUAACGAUGUUUUCAGGAUUUUGUGCUGCUGAUUUUUUUUUUCUUAAACCAUUUAUCUUUUUUUUUCUUUUUAAUUUUUUAAAAAAAAAUUUAUUUUUUUUUUACUUCCCAUGUACUGAACCGAUUCUUUCAUUACUUUAACAAGUAUUUUUUGUUUAUUUUUUUUAAAUUUUGUAACUAAAAUCAGCUCUACAGCUCAAACUCACUGACCUUUUAUCCUUAAAUAUAAUUAUAACUUUAAAUUCACGGACUUUAUAUCGAGGCAUGAAAUACAGGAUAUAUAAUAUCACAAUAUUUAAUAUUUAAUACAGAUGAAGGAAAAUGCUAAAAUCAUAUAUAAACUGCGCUGAAAUGUUUACGCAGUUGUCACGAAAUAAAAUCGUAAUAUUUACACACGUCUGUUUCGAUAUUAUGAUUUUAUUUCGUGAUGAAUGCGAAAACAUUUUAGCGCCGUUUAUAUGAUACGAUUUUUGUGCAGAUUGUUUGGAUUUUGUGAAUUAAAAACGUUUAAAGGCUUUUUUUUGUUUCUUAACUAUAAUUAAAAAUAAUAAGAAUAAGAAUCAAAAAUGUCCUGAUGCGUCCUCGUGUGUUUUAUCGAUGUUAAUGUUGAUGUUGAUGUUGCGAAGCUCACAGCCAAUCAGAGCGAGCCUGGAGAGAGUACUGGCCUGUGAUUGGUUAAGCACGGUAACUAAAGUCAGUAUAGAGUAGGCGGGGCUUCAGGUAAAUGAACAUCACGAGGAUUAAAAAAAAAAAACAAUCGAGUUGUCGUUCUUCUGUCGUUUAAUUAUUGUCAAGUUAUUUUGCUAGAAUUUUUCUUUUCACACGGUUUAGUUCUGUCUAAUAAUCACGGCCGUGACGAGAUUAGAUUGGAUUAGAUUGGAUAAGAAUUCUGUUUUGCGUAAUCAGACAUGAAGAAGUGAUAAAGGUCUCUGAGAUGCUGAAGUCUGAUUCCAUCUAAUAAUUAAAAAAAAAAAAAGGUUUACUGUUUAUGAACCUGCGUCACAGCGAAGUAAAAAAAAAAAAAGGCGUUUUUUUUUUUUUUUUAAUUAACGACGUAAACAAGUGUUUAAAAAACAUUUUAUAAAUUAUUGUGUUAUAAAUUGUGCGUAUUUUACAUCUGAGCUAAACGAAGAAAACACAAUGCAGUGUUGAGUUACAGUCAGAGGUGUGUGUGUGUGUGUGUGUGUGUGUGUGUGUGUGUGUGAAGUCGUUUGUAAAGAAUGUAACGAUUGUAAACAUUUAACGUGUAAAUGAAUCGUCACUCUGUAAACAUUAAACUCUCACAUACGCUCUUAGAAAAUGUAGAACCUGUAAGUGUUCUCGGUUCCUUAAGGUUCUACGCAGAACCCUGCACUGCGCUUUCCCCGAAGAUACAAACAUCAUAGCGCAAUUUUUAAAACAUUACUACGAUGUGUAAAGUGUGUAUCACGAUUUAAAAAAAAAACAUGGUGAAGAAACUGCUGCAAUAAAACCCAAAGCAAAAAAACAACUUUUUUUCUUAUUUAUUAAAAAAAAAAUUACAAAUUAUAUUCAACACUGAAAAGCAGAAUUAAGGAGUUUUUAAUAUUUACAGAUUUUCUAUUUACAAUUUUAAGGAUUAUGUACAAAUUUUUUUGUAAUUAUUUUUUUUAAUUAAUUAAAAUAUCACGUUAUAUCACAUAAAAUAUCUCAGAAAAGCGCAUUGUUGAUAAUUUAUCCCGAUAUCUGUGUCACACACGUCGGAUCUCUCGGCCCUUUUCCCCAACAGAAACUGUUCAGAGUGCAAUCCUUUGUGUUUUUUUGGAGGCUUAGAACCCUGAAUUGUUUACAAAGAACCUUUUAAAGAACGCUUACUUUGUGUACGAGUGAACAGGUUCCACCAGGAAGCGGAACGUUAAACUCCUGACGGAUUUUUAUAUUAAGAAGAAAAUAAUGAGCAAUAACGUGGAGUUAAUACACACAAACAAACGGUUCCUCAUGGGUUCCUCAUGGGUUCUGUAAGGGGUUCUCGAGAUAAUUAAGGGUUCUUAGCUGCCAGAAAAUAAAAAAGGUUCUACUUUUGGAGUGUGUGUGUGUGUGUUAACUGAGUAAGUGCGUGAUACAAACUCCAAAUUAUUGCUCAUUAUUUUCUUCUUAAUACCUUAGAACCUGAAGAUGUAUUUCAGAUCUCGGUACUCGGGACACUCUUUACCCGGUUCUUUAAGGGUUCCUUGGAGAGUUAAGGGUUCUUGGCUUCCCAAAAAAAAAAAAAAAAAAGGUUUUGAGUGUAAAACAGUUUGUUGUCAUGUUCUGUGUAAAAAUCUGUUAGGUACAGCUGAACAUUCAGGAGUUCUGCAUUUUUAAGAGAGUAGAAUGUGGAAUUUUAGCAGGAAUUUUAAUGACAUUUUAGUGGGAAGUUAGUGAAAUUUUAGUGGGAAUUUUAGUGGAAAUUUACUAGGAAUUUUAGUGGGAAUUUAGUGAAAUUUUAAUGAAAUUUUUGUGAAAUUCGCAGCAGAACGGAAUGAAAGAUGAAAGCUGGUCGAUCUCUACAUGACCCUGUACACGGUGAUGGUGAAUUAAAGACCACUUUAUUCUGGAAAAGUUCUGUUUCUAACCUUCAUAUAACCUUCACACAACCGUAAUGUGAUUCUCGUCCUAAUCAGACUAUUAAAAUCCUCUUUAUUAAACAACGCUGCUGCUUUAUUUUCUGUUUGAUUGCAGUUCUGAUGUAGUUUUAUUGGACUUUAUGACUCUGUGACUGUGAACUGUAGUAAAGUAAGUGUUAAAUAAUCCACACUGUGUUUUAUGAGCUGAUGUUACUGAUGUGUAGCGGCUUAUUGUUUCAGAUUCGUGUCGAUUUAGAAGUAAAAUCAACAAGAUUGCUGAAUAAAAUGUUGAAUAAAUCGCA